AUGGGUUGUGCUUAAAUUGUGAAUCAUACUUAAGACGUUUACUAACCACGAUUAGAGAGAAAUUAGUCAAAAAAGACUACUUUAGAAUAAAUAAAGAAUGAUUAUGAUUCUCCAAUUAUCUUUCCACUCACUUUUCCUGAAGGAUUUGGAAAAUAUAGAAAAUAAUAGAGAAACUCAACUGGAUUGAAACUGAAAAACACAAUGAAAGUAGAAAUCUCUCUAGACAGUAGUAAAAAUACAAUACUGAAAAGAAGAACGACUCUGAAUUACUAUUCUUGA